AUGUUUUCUGGUGAUAGCGAAAUUUUGAAUAUAAGUGAAAAUAUGUGUGUCGAAGAUUUUUCUUUUCUUCCGAUUAUGGAACUAACAAAACUUGGUGAUACCAAGAAUUGGCAAAUGGAUAUACCAAAGAGUGUUGAAACUAUUUUUUUCGAUCAUAAGAACGAUGAAGUGAGCUCCAACAGAUUCAACGAUUCACAAAUCAGUACAUCCCUUCCCGGCGAAUCAGGAAUCGCUUCAAACAACGCCGAGCUGGAAGAAUCCCAAACACCCUUUGUUACUGCCACCCCAAAGUCAUAUGUCGCAGCAAAACGCUCACGUACCGCCUACACGAGCAUACAGCUGGUAGAGUUGGAGAAAGAAUUUCGCCACAACCGAUACCUUUGUCGCCCCAGGAGGAUUGAAAUAGCCACGAAACUCGCUUUAACAGAAAGACAAAUUAAAAUUUGGUUUCAGAAUCGUCGAAUGAAGCAUAAAAAGGAAAUGUCUGGAGUAAGAGAAACUAGUAAGCAAAAGGAAACAUAUGCGGUUAAAAAUCAGCGAAAGAACAUGAGAGUAUUUCAUAUCGCUGAGCACCACAACUCUGUUGCACAAAACAAUAAUAAUGGGCAUCAACAUAUUGUGAACAGGCUUAUGUCGCACUCAACUUAUGCUCCCAAUGUUUCUACAAGGGUAUGUGAGAAUCAACCUAAGAUGGAUUUAUACCACGAAAAGAAUACCUCUUCCUUUCAUCAUUUUUCCUCAUCUUUAUCGAAAAGUAAUGAGUCAUUGUCGGAAAUAGAAGCUCACCUCAAUCGUAAUGAUUUGUAUCCCAGUAGAAUAGAUUCCAAAUCUCAAGACAAUCCUACAGCUACUGAAGAAUCUCACCUUCCGACACAGAUCAAUGCGCCAUACGCAGCCUCGUCGGACACGUCAGCAUCGAUUGAUGAAUCGAUCCAAGGGUGCUCACAUCUAACACCUAUUUCUCAUCACUUGUUUCCCCAACCGAUGUUAGAUAAUUAUAACCCUUUCGAUAGUGAGAAAUCUAUGAAUAGCGGAAAUACAACGCCAUCCGCAUUAAAUGUAAACAAUACUAGCUGCUCUGAAAUAUUACCAUCUGUCACAAUUCAAUGGGGAAAUUACAAUAACUAUUGUGAUCUUGAUGCAACUGAUAAUCUAGAGGAACUAGAUAGUUCUUCAAUUGAAAAUAUAUUUUUGUUCGAUCCCACACAGCUGCUGAAUGUUCCGAUAAUUGAUAAUUUUGUAUGA